AUGCAAGAUGCCAAAUUCGUGGUUGCAGCUCCAGUCCCGGAGAGAUUGGGGCGGACUGGCUGCAAUGGUAGAGACGACGUGGGAAGUGGUAAAGAUGCGACGGAUACUGGGCUAGAUGCGCUGACCGCUGCAGAAACUGCUAGUGAAGCUGAAAUGGCCGGUUGCAAAGAGGACGCAACAGAUGCGCUGACCGCCGCAGAGCCUGACAAUGCAGCUGGAUCAACUGAUUGCGAAGAGGACGCAACUUCUACCGAAGCAGUCGCGCUCGCCGUCACGGAGUCUGAUGCGGAGAUUGAAAUUGGAGUAGCAGGUUGCGGAGUUGAAGCAGCUGACACUGAAUCAGAUAGGCUAGCCGCCGGAGAGUCUGAUGUUGGAGCUGAAAGAUCCGUUUCAGAAGACGAGGCAACUGGUACUGCGACAGAUACGCUAGGGACCGAAGUGUCUGGGUCUGUGACUGGCACUUGUGAAGAAGACACAACGUUUGUCGAGCUCAGUGUGUCCGCUGGAGACUCUGGGAUCAAGGUCGGAUCAGCCGCUUCCGAAGAGAAUGUACCAAGCGUCGAGCUCAAUAUCUCCGUCGAAGAGUCUGAAAUCGAGGCUGAACCAGCCACCUGUGAAGAAGACACAACGAUCGUCGAGCUCAGUGAUUCCGCCAGAGAAUCUGAUGUUGAGACCUCGACGUCAACCUGGAAAGAGGACGCAAUGAGUGUCGAGCUCGAUAUGACGGCCGGAGAGUCCGAAAUCGUAACUGGGGUAGCCGCCAGUUCAGAAGACACAGCAAUCGUUGAGCUCAAUAUUUCCGCCGAAGAGUCUGAAAUCGAGGCUGGAACAGCUGCUUGCGAAGACGAGGCAUCAGUGGUCGAGCUGAGUACUGCUGUUUCGGAAUCUGGAAUCGAGACCGGAAUAGCCGUCUGUGAGGAAGAUUCAACAGAUGUCGAGCUCACUAUUUCCGCUGGAUAG